AGUUCAGUAUAUGUGUUUUCCAACAUAAAAUUUGAGACAUUUUGUUGCAGUCAAAUGGUUGUCAGGUCUCCAAACCAGCCUCAAUAAUCUCUAACAAUCAUAAGCCGGCUCUGCAAACGUCCACUCUCACAAGUGAACAUUCUACAAUUUUACAAAUCAAUAGCUUUUAUAUGCAGCUGAAGAAAAUCUCAGCUGCAUAUAAAAGCAAUAUUUCAGAGUGAAUCUUGUUUGCAACCACUGCAGGUCGCAGUUGGCCGUCAGCUAACAACAGCAGCUUUCAUUGGUAAGUAAUAGGGCAGCUUUCUUUUUACUGCCUCCUGAUAAGGGCUGUUUGACUUCCGAUAUCAACCUACCUGCCUACUGCUGUCCCAGUUGUGUAUUUCCAAGUGGCCCUACAUUUCAGCUUCUCACGGGAAAAUGGAUAAUUCGAGCGAGUCUAAACGAAACGGAAGGCAGUGGACUCUCGGCAGGCUUGUGUUGCUGUUGUUCCUCGCAGGUCUUCAGCCUGGGCUGUGUUCAGAAGUAGACCAGGCUCAACUAGCCAGCGAUAACGAAUUGCACGUAGCAAUUAUUGGCCCAGCCUAUGUGACUGUGGGUGUGCCCAGCAGCGUUGAGUGUGACGCAAGCUGCACUGAAUGUACCUACUCCAUGUCUAUGGAUGGGCAAAUGGCCCAGGGUAAUGGCAAUGAGCUAUUUUUCACUGUCAGCACAUGGAGCGAGGCUCUUACGGUGUCGUGCACAGUCAGAGAUGAGCUCAACCAUCGGACUUCUACGGCAACUAAGAAAAUCCAAGUGUUAGCCGGACCUGCCAACGUUACCAUCACAGGCCCUGACGUGCUGAAUCCCAGUGCGAGCAACACCUACACCUGCAACGCCUACUGCCGGCCAUCUUGCAACUACACCUGGAAGACCGAUCAAGGCCCGUGGAUUGGCGGUCAUGGAAACAUUCUGUCAAUCAGUCCCAAGGAGACGGACAAGUUAAAAGCCGUCACCUGCAAAGCCACCAAUACUGUGUCUGGGCUGUUUGUCUCUACUACUAGAAACGUAGCAAUAAUAACUGGUCCAUCGAAGGUUCAUAUCGCCGGCGCAUCCAUUGUACAAAUUGCACAACACUAUAAAUACAUGUGCAUUGCAGAAUGUCAACCCUCUUGUCGCUACGUGUUGUCCAUGGGCAGUCAGUCUGUGAUAGGCAAUGUAAUCGAGUUGACAGUGGAUCAUCCACUUGAGACGAUCACCCUCAAGUGUGAGGCACAAAACAUUGCUUCAAGGAAGACAGCAACAGCCUUAAAAACGGUGCAAUUACAAGGUGCAGGAGGAGUCUACAACCUGUCCACGCGUCCUCAAGAAACUUCAGCUGUGCUGCUGUUAGCCUUCAUCAUUUCUAAUGCUUUUACACUCUGAUCCAUUAUAGACAGAUCCUUUCAGGUUUUGUAACGGACAAAUGAAGAAAGGUAGCUGAACCUCGGCUAUGUCAUGACUCACAUAACUGCAAUCGGACUCUCGCCACAUAUUAUUCUUAUGCAUUUGUUUCGCAUGUUGACAAUGGGCUGGGCCCUCUUUGCACUUUGCACUAAGUGAAGUAGAAUGAGGCUAAAAUAUUAGAGUAGGCAGUGAGGAAUGUGUGUAUGUGGUGCCUAAUAAUUUUUUUGCAAGAUUCACAUUAAUACAGUUUAAAUGUGUACACGGAAUAAAAUACGCUGAUACCUGAUUUUUCUUCUGACACCAAAUGUACAUGGUAUAUCAUUUAAAUAAAGCCUAUAUGACAGCA